CAAGGUGGUCAUGUAUGAUACCAUAUAUAACACAGUUGAUUGGGUACAAUAUAGCAGUGGAACAUAGAAUUCUUUUUACCUUCCAAAGACCACCAUCAUUUCACCAAUUUAUACUAAACUGGAUACAUUUCAAGGAGAAUAAUUUUACCUAAAGCAGACUUAGCUAUGCUUAUCUCUUUUUCUAGUUACUGAAAAAUCAAGAGAAUCAGCUGUUUAAUAUUAAAAUACUAUUAUGAUAUCAACCCCACACCCAUUUCCUUCCUUCACAACCAGGGAUUUCCAGACCUGAGUGAUGGCCAUUGAGAACUGCACCAUGUUUACGGACUUCAUACUCUUAGGACUCUCUGGCAGGCGGGAUGUGCAGCAGGGGCUCUUUGUGCUCUUCCUGCUGGUUUAUGGCAUCACUGUGAUCGCCAACCUAGGGAUGAUCCUGCUCAUCAGCAUGGACCCCCAGCUCCACACGCCCAUGUAUUAUUUCCUGAGCAAUCUGUCUUUCUGUGAUAUCUGCUACUCUUCCACUAUCUCUCCAAAGAUGCUGGCUGAUUUCUUAUCUGAGCAAAAAAGGAUUCCAUAUAGUUUAUGUGCCAUUCAGUUAUAUUUUUUUGGUGCCUUUGCAGAUGUUGAAUGUCUCAUGCUGUCUGUUAUGGCAUAUGACCGUUACGUAGCCAUUUGUAAUCCACUUCUGUAUACAACAGCCAUGUCCAAGAGCAUCUGUACCCAGCUCGUGACUAUUGCCUACAUUGCAGGCUUGGUGGAUUCAGCAAUCCAUACCUGCUGCACAUUUCGAUUGUCAUUCUGCAAUUCCAAUAUCAUCAAUCACUUUUUCUGUGACGUGCCACCCUUGCUUGCCCUCUCCACCUCAGACAUAACCAUCAAUGAGAUAGUGAUGUUCACUUUCAUUGGCUGUGUUGUGGGGUCCAGCAUCAUCACUGUCCUCCUCUCCUACAGCUACAUCAUAACUACCAUUCUUCACAUGAAGUCAGCCGCAGGCAGACGCAAAGCCUUCUCUACCUGUGCCUCCCAUUUAGCCACUGUGUCUAUAUUUUAUGGGGCACUCCUGUUCAUGUAUUUCCGACCCAACUCAACUUAUUCCAUGGACACAGACAAAAUAGCCUCUGUUUUCUACACAGUUGUCAUCCCCAUGUUAAACCCACUGAUCUACAGUUUGAGGAAUAAGGAUGUGAAAGGUGCUCUGAAAAAGGCAAUUGCCACUAAGUUACGUUCUGGGUGAAAGUAUGCUCAACCAAAAACACUUAUUGAAAGAUUCUGAGCACUAAAGUUCAAGUACUGUGACAUAAAUUCUUAUAGUCUCACCAGUAGAAAUUUCUGGAUUAUUCCCCUUUCUUACCUCUGGGUUUAAAUUGAGUGUAAGGAGCAUUAUUGAUCUUAGUUGUUUUUCCUAACUAAGAUAAAGUAAUAAUAGGUUCACUUUGCUGUUUGCAAAGAGGGACCUCUCAUAUCUUCCUUCUGUUCAUGAGUAUGUCCCAGUGAGAUAUUAUGCAAAUAGCAACCACUCCCCUCAUGUGAAUUUAACAGACCCUUCUUAAGAUUUCUUUAAAAUAUGGAGUAAACAAACUUGUGCAAUAAGAAGGGAGGUUGGUGGAUUUAAUUAGGUUUGUUUUUCUCCUUCCCAUGUAGUAGUGUCACCCUAUAAAUAUUCUUGCCCAACACCUAAAAGGAUAUAAGUAGUAAAUACAUAAAUAAAAAUAAAUCAGGAAUGUCCUGCCCCAUACUGAAAGUUUCAUGAAGCCACAAUCCUUGCCUACCUUAUUCCCCAU